AGGCAAUAUUACUUCAGUUUGCACAUACGUUAUUUACUUAAAGGCACACUAAUAAAUACAUUCUACAUGCUCUAUUUAGUACAUAACAUAUGUAUGUAUAAUGGAAAUUCGCUCACCGUCUGCCUAUCGCCGUAGAUCGUGCAAAUUCAAAGAUUUUGAACAAUUUAAAAUCUGUUCAAAAAAUUUUAAUGUGCAGUAUCAUCGUAUAUAUAAUGCAAGGUUAGCGGCACUAAAGGAUCAUCUUCUACAAAAGGCAAAGGCUAAAUGGGCCGAAUGCGAGGUGGUUAUCUUAUCAGAAUUAGUCGAGAAAAGCGAAGAUAAUAAUUACAUUGUAAUAGGAACAUUAUAUAAACAUCAAGAACUGAAACCAUCGAUACUGCAUGAGCUUACCAAAGAACUUCAAUUACCGACUCAUUUAUCAAGAACAAACUAUGCAUCAUUUAAAGAUAUAUUAUUUUUGGAAGAUGAUGCUUUACGUGUUAAAUUGGUUGGAAAUCACAUGAAUAUUCAGAGUGUGGUUACUGGUAUUGUUUGUGCUGUAUUUGGACAUCAAUUAGAAAAUGGUGAAUUUGAUGUGAUAGACUGGUGUUAUCCAGGAUAUACUUCAAACCUGGCUAAGAGCAUUAAACCAUUGGAACAACUGGGAAAGAUCUUAAUAAUAUCAGGUUUAGAUCUGGUAAAUAAUACACAACCAUUAAAUUUAAACCUGUUCUCUGAAUGGGUAACUGGAAUGAUUGGCAGCUCAGUGAUUCAAACAGAAGUGGCAUCCAUAGUGUGUAUUAUUAUAGCAGGAAAUAGUAUAAGAGGAUCUAUAGAAACCUAUAGUCAUGAAGGAUAUUUUGAAACCAAAACACAUGAAACUAACUACAAACAGACUACAAUAUCAGCACACAAAUUGGACAAUUUUCUUCUUCCUAUAGUACAAUGUUGUUCUAUGGUAUUAAUGCCUGGCGAAUUUGAUCCGACUUGUCACACAUUGCCUCAACAAUCGCUUCAUCCUUGCAUAUUAUCUCAAAGCUCCAGAUUUAAGAGUUUCUACGGAGCUACGAAUCCUUGGAUUGGUAGCGUUAACUCUCGUAUCGUAGCUGGGUCCAGUGGUCAACCCAUUUUAGAUAUCAUGAAAGUUGCUGGACUUGUCAAUGCGUCACCAUUAACAUGGCUAGAACAAACAUUAGAUUGGAGACAUUAUGCACCAACUGCACCAGACACCGUGCCAGCUUAUCCAUUUUGUAGUACUGAUCCAUUUAUUAUGACAGAAUGUCCUGAUAUUUAUUUUGCUGGUAAUAUGGACAAAUACGACACCAAAUUAUUAACAGCAAAUCAAGGACAGACAAUAAGAUUAAUUUGCAUUCCAAAAUUUUCUGAGACACAAACAGCUGUAUUGGUCGAUUUACAGGAUUUACAAACUUCGCCAAUUUCUUUCGGCUGUAGUUAAUUUAAUAUAGUCUUCUAAUUUGACAUGAAACAUUAACAUUAUAUAUAAUAAUGAAUUUGCAAGAAAAAGUAACAAUUGGAAUAUUUCUGUAUAUGAUUUUAGUUCAAUUUGUACAUAGUAAAUAUAUUAUUUAUUCUAUUAAAUAAUGCACCGAUAUUUUUCAAAACUACUUUUAUAUAUAAGUAAUAUAGUCUUUCAAUAACCUUCCGACGAGCGCGCUUUUUUUUCGUACUAUGAGCAAGCGCACCGUAUACUCCGUACAUGCGGCAGUGAUGUAUUUCAAAUAGUAAUAAAAUACUUACUUAAAUCUGUAAACUAAUUAUUAUAAAAAUAAAAAUAUUUGUGUAUUUAAAAUAUAUAUGUACAAAUCUGCGAAAUCUUUGUCUGUAGUCUAAAUGCCAGUCACCAUGAUCUUAUAAUAAACACACUAAUAAUGAAAAA